UUUACAGGGGAAGGAACUCGGAAAGUUGAGAGGGGAGACUGCGGAAAUAGAGGCUGCGGAAAUGUAUCGCUUCGCAUGUCUGCUUCUUGCCACAACCGCGACUCUCUUUCUCUCCUCAGCAUCACGUUUUCAGCUGAACCAGACGACGAUUUCAUCUCCGAAUUGCAGCACGUCAAGUUCCAAAUCGCUCGGUUAGAGUCCAUUCUUGAAGAAAACAGUCAGAAGUUGAACGAAAGAAGCCUCUAUCUCAAAGAAUGUGAGAAGCGAAUAGAUGAAAUGUCGGAAAAAAUCCUUAAUCUACAGUCUACUCUCUCUAGCAUUAAGGCUGAUUCAUUUCAGGCUGAGAAGCGAAUCAAAGCUCUGGAGGAAGAGGUACAACUUCUUUGGGCUACUUCAAGAAAGAACAACUUUGAUCUCCAUAUUUUGGAAUCUAAUGCACAAGAUGCUGAAAAAAGACUCAAGGAGAUCACUUCAGUAGUUGAAAAGACGGGUGACAUAGUGACAGAGCAGUGGAUUCAAGUUCAGCAUCUUGAGCAAGCUCUUCACAUUGCUGAAAUGAGGACAAUGAAGGCUCGAAGGUUAGCAGGCUUUCCAAGAUGCACAUUCUUGAAGUUCUUCAACAGCAUUCUUGAUGAUUUUCGGGCAGUGCAAUCAUAUCUGUUUGGUGACAGGAGUACAGCCAAUUUUCUGAUCUCACAGGCUACGGAUCAGAUGAAGAGAUCUUUUUUAUUGGCCAAAACCUACCACCACCAGCUUCAAGCUUUCAUCAAGGAUUUGAUGAAAAGACAUAAAUUGACUUCAGCUUUUGCUAAUGAUGAAUUAGUUUUCUUCCUGGCUUCUGCUCUUGUUACCUUUCCAGUGAUGGGUGCAUGGAUGUUGCUCUCAUCAUGAACUUAGAGCACCAAGCACACAAGACUACCUCCCAAAGGAGAAUGUCCUCCAUAGUCCAUACUGCUUUGAGUGCUUAGAUAGCUGAAUUUUUAUAGUGCAGCUUUACUGAUUAAGUCGAAUAUGAAACUCAAAUUGAGGUUAUCUUCGUCAACUAUGAGAACUACAUGUUAUUAGUCUGUCUUGUUGGCAUGAUAUUCAUUUUCUGCUGCUUCUCAUAACUUGCCCUCAUCUUUUAGCCAAAAGAAGGGGCGGGGGGAACUAACCUCCCUCGACUCAUGAAAUGCUGUAGCAUUUUUGUUGUUACUAUUUCUUUCCUUUAACAAGCAAAUGCAUUGGGGAUUUUAUUGUA